AUGGCCUUUUAUACACCUUCCUCCAUCCCCCAUUCCUGCACCAUGAAUGCCCUACCUACCGAGCUCCUCUCGUCCUGGUCGCUGCACUGGCGGCCCAAGGACGUACCCCUUACCCCACCGAUGACCUCAACCUUUGAAAGGAGAAAGGUGCAGCACCACCCGACGCUGCCUUCAAUAGCCCACUUUGAUCGUCAGCUCUCGGUGCGCCAUUUAGCGUCGGCAAUGCCGCCCCUAACUCCGCCAGACGAUGUUCCACCACCGACUUACUCUCCUGAACCAACCCGCCUUCCCCCACUUGCCGCCACAACGAAACCGCCCGCGUUCGACAUGUCCAUUGACUGGCUGGACGUCUCGCGGACGCGUUCAGCACGUUUCAUUGCCGAGAAAACUUGCGAGAUGAUCUGUUAUCUUUGGUUCGCGUCCUCUACGCCUUCGCAAGGAUCCUAUUCACCGCCGAAUUCCCCGUUUCUCAACCGGCCAACGACGUCUAGCAACCUCCAGCUCGUCGCGACGCCCACCUUUGUUCAGUUCAUGCAGAAACUGCUCGAGACGACCCAAGUCUCACAUUCCGUCAUUGUCCUCUCAUUGCACUACAUCUACCGACUCAAAGACCGAAACAACGGGACUCCGGCCCAGGCUGGCAGUGAAUUCCGAAUAGCCGUGGCUGCGCUUAUGAUGGCGAACAAAUUUCUUGACGAUAAUACAUAUACGAAUAAAACAUGGUCCGAAGUGUCUGGCAUUGAACUGCCCGAGAUAAACCGGAUGGAGCGGGAGUUUCUGAUGGGCGUCGACUUCAAUUUGUAUGUCGACAAAAAGACGUACGAGUCUUGGUUGAGUCUGCUCAAGGGACUUGUGCUGGCAAAGGAGAGGGACUGUCGCCAUUUCCGGAAAUCACGCACGCCGGCCCGGUCUUCGCGACUUGCCGCCAGCAGCUCGCCUUCGACACGAAGCUACUCCUCCCGCUACGCUAUUCCUUCACCUCGCGCUCGAUCCACGUCACCCAAUCAGAUCUCUCGUACUGAUUACCCUCCUGCUCCUCCUCUUGACACGUCCCUCUUCUACAAGUCAGGUUCGAAGCGUACAGCAGAGGCCGCCUUCUCUCCCACGAGCGCGAGUUUCUCCCAGCUACCUUCCAAACGGCCCGCCGCAAUCUCCCUUCAGAUUCCAGAGCCCUCGACUGGUGGUUCGGCUUCCAACUCGCAUUCGCCGCUCGAAGGCUUGCAAUCAUUCGCCAAGAUGUCCCUGCAAUCUCCUUCACGGGCACCGACGUCCUCGUCGUCUUCGCCUUGGGUACCGAUUAAGCGGGAGACUGUUCCUCAAACGCUCGUUUCGGCGUAUAAUGCGAGCGAAGGCACUCGGAAUGCUGUACCUGAGAAUCUGUACUUUUAUACCCUCGCAGGCUCGCCUAUGGAUGAAGAAGACCGCUUUCGUCGGCCCAGGCUGCGGUAUCAUCAGCCUCCGCCGCCGUCAUCGAGUGUUCCUUGCUACUCGCAGCGUGCGUCGAUGCCGGUUAACAUUCAGUCUGCAUCGACGAGUCCGAAUGAUGUACAUAUGAAUCUUGACCCGUCGCAUCACCUGCACGAAACGGCAUGGACACACCAAGUCGUUCUACCGCCCCUCCAUCACCCCAAGCCCAGCCGCCACUAUACUAAUGAUAAUACGCCUAGUCCUAUCCCCGCACCCUUCGCUAAUGCUGGCCCCCCGGGCAUCCAGUUCUACUCUACAGCCCCGCGCUCUCCGCCCCGCUAUACACCCCAUCACGAUAAUUGGUAUCGCAGCCGCGGGUAUUAA